AUGGUUCAGUCUGAAUCUUAUGUUAUACUUUUGAUACCAAUAAUUUUACAAUUAUUGCCUGAAGAUUUUGUUUUAGAUUUUCAACGAAAACGGAAAUCUAAAGAUGAAACCGAUGUUAAUGAAUUAUUGCUGUUUUUAAAGAAUGAGAUAGAAUGUCGUGAAUCAGUUGCGUUUUUAAGUGAUAAAAAGACUAACUAUAACCAUCGAGUUAGUAAAAUUCAAAACACUGAGGAAAAGUUAAAUGAAUCUUCUGAUUUGGCUGCAGUUUCUAAUGAAACUCCACCAUCAAGCAUUUCUAAUGAGGAAGUUAUUAGUUCUGUUUCCCAAUGUAAUAAUAAAAAAGUUGAAUGUUCCAAAAGGGUUUAUUUGCAGACUUGUACUGCUGAAGUUAAAUCAGAUUCUUCGUCUCAAUUGACAAGAAUUCUUUUAGAUAAUGGCAGCCAGCGUUCGUUUUUGUCUGAACGAGUUGCAAAUAAUUUAAAUUUAAAACCGGUUGCUUACGAAGUUUUGUCAGUUUAUUCAUUUGGAAUGCAAAGAGCAACGGAAAAGGCUUAUCCUGUUGUUGAAUUUGAAAUUUUCAAAAAGAAUACGAAUUUUAGAACUAAAAUUAGAACUCUUGUCAUACCAUGCAUUACUGGAGUUAAAGUUGAACCUCCCGACCCCAAAGUAAUUGAAUUUAUGAAUAAAAAUAAAAUUGAUAUGGCUGAUUCUUAUUUGGAAGAUAAUGAUAAUUUGCUGAGUAUAGAACUUUUAAUUGGUUCAGAUUUAUUCUGGGAAUUUCUUUUAAAUGUAAAGAUAUCUAUAAAUAAUCGCCUGUGUGCAAUAAAAACUGUUCUUGGAUGGGUGAUUAGUGGAAGUAGUUAUAAACGGGAGCAUACAUUGUCACAAAACAUAGCGGUUAUGAAAAGUGUAAUUGAAUCAGGUGAUAUGUUUGAUUUAAGAAAUUUCUGGUCACUCGAUUCCUUAGGUAUCACCAAGGAGUGUGAAAUUUUAUCUCUAAAAGAUAAAGAAACAAUUGAUAAAUUUGAAGGCAAUUUAAAAUAUGAAAACAAUCGUUAUAAAACCGGAUUACUUUGGAAUUCAAGUCCCGAUGAUCAGGAUAAUUCACAAAUUACAUAUUUUUGGAUAAAUAAUAACAACUCUUUGAAACCCUUCGUGCAAAACAGAGUGUCUGAAAUUCAAACUCUGACAGAUCCUAAACUUUGGCAACACUGUUCAGGAAGUUCAAAUCCUGCUGAUAAAUUAACUCGAGGAGAAUCACUAAAAAGCCUUGUUGAUGAUAACUUAUGGAAAUUCGGGCCAUCUUGGCUCAUAGAGGAUGAAAACUCUAAAGAGACUUUUCUGAUUUUAGAAAAUUACAGUUCUUUAUUAAAGGUGAAAAGAAUUAUGGCUUGGUCAAAACGGUUUAUCCACAACUGUCGAAGUUAUGACAAACUGAAAGUUCCAUUAACUACUGAAGAAUUAAAAGAAGCCGAAGUUAUUUUACUAAAGGAGGUGCAAAAUAACUAUUAUCAAGAUGAAAUUAAAACCUUGAUGAAGAAGGAAGAUAUAAAAAAUAACUCCAGCAUAAUUUGUCUUCGUCCAUACCUAGAUGAAAAACAGAUAUUAAGAAUUUGGAGUAGACUGUUUCAAUCUGAAGUGGAUCCUGAAGCAGUUAAUCCUAUACUUCUACCCAAGAAUUCGAAAUUUUCCGAGCUUUUGAUCACUGAAAAACAUAAAAGGUUGCUUCAUAGGGGAGUUAAUGUCACUCUUUCGCAGAUUAGAAAAAGUUAUUGGAUUCCACAAGCCAGACAACUUGUGAAAAGAAUAAUUGGAAGAUGCGUGAUUUACAGAAAACACUUUGCGAAACCAGCCAAUCAGCGUACUGGAGAGCUGCCUAAAGAUAGAAUUUCAAGAGUCUCCACCUUUCUCAGUGGUUGGAGUUGA